AUUCGCACGCCAAACAGCUGAUCGUGUGUGACGCAGCGCGCACGAAGUAAACAAACGCGUGCGCGCUCUGCCCUCUUCCAUUAUAUUCUUAUAUACAUAGCAAAAGAUAAGUAUACGCCAUAACAUACCAGUGUCUCUCGGCAUCUUCUUUUGUAUGAUUAUUCUAUAAACCGCGUGAAGCGACGCGUAAAUACGUCGUAGAAGGAUGGCUAUGUAUAAACGAGGAUAGUUGCCUAUAGCAGAACGCGCAAUACUCCGAAUUCGGCGCAAAAGAUACGUGACGCGUCUCGCGCACUUUGCAAAAGAGCUUUCGCAUUGUACUUAUAACACUCAAGUAUAUCCAGAAAUAAGCCAUAGCACACAGCUUUUACAUUCAGCGUCUCAUCAACGAGAACAGAUCAAAAUAGACAAUUUUUACGGACGCGCACGAGCGCGUUUAUUUAUAAACUUUGUAAGUACGUAGUCGCAACUGCUGAAAAUUGAAACAAAGAGUGCGGAAUUGCGGAUGACGCCGAAGAGACUGCGGAAAAGUGAAAAAUAAUAUAAGGCGCGAAAAGCACCGCGUUGCGGCAAGGAAGAGGCUGUGCAUCAAAGCCAACGCUAUGCGGCUUUUCGGGCGACAAACGCGAAACACGCCGAGAUAAGAAGAGCCGCCGGACUACGACGUGUGAUGGACGAAAGGAAAAACACAACAAGCCGCUUCAUCGCAUUAUACGGUCUACAGCAGUGAGCAGAGCGAGGCAUGUAGGCGAGACGAAGGCCAAGCAACUCUCUCAGUCUACUACGUCGUGCCCGAUCCCCUCUUCGUCGUAGUAUACAGUCUUGCGUUGAGUUCAGUCGGUGUCGGCGGCACGCACAGUUCGUGGAAAAGCGCACGAGCGGAGAGCCAGUCACGCCGCCGCGGCGUACAUCAGUCUUGUUUGUGUUUCCGUCCUCGUCUCUCAUAUACGCACUUAUUAUAGUCCUCUCUCGCUCGCUUGCAUAUGCGCGCAUCAGUCAGUGUGCAGUGAACCUUCGCCGUGCCUGCAAGUGGAUGCGAUCGACCUCGUCGUUUUGUUUAUAAGUUAUAUUUUCAUCGACUGCCAAGAUCUCGGCUGCAGCGGCGCAAUAAUCAAUCGCAGAACCAACUUGACUACUCGCCAGCCGUCACGGGGAAGCUCUAUUCCAGAAUGCCAGAGAGCCACGGGAGUAGGAGAUUCUCGACCGGACACAUUUGAGAGCGUGAUGCGCUUGCCUGCAACCGCAGCCGCCUCCUCUUCCUGAUACAAGGUCCGUUCUCCCAUCGCGGAAUCCCCGUCGCCGCCGUCAUCGUCAUCAUCGCUGCCACCACGACGUAAGAACGCGCUUGUGCAACAUGCCGCCUAAACAGAGGAAAAUAGCGAUUAUGGGCUAUCGCUCAGUUGGCAAGUCCUCGCUGAGCAUACAGUUCGUUGAGGGACAGUUUGUUGACUCCUAUGAUCCCACCAUAGAAAAUACUUUCACAAAAAGUACUAGAGUAAACUCUCAAGACUACGAAGUCAAAUUGGUAGAUACAGCUGGUCAAGAUGAAUAUAGUAUAUUUCCUACACAGUACUCAAUGGAUAUUCAUGGAUACGUUUUAGUAUACAGUAUAACCAGUGCUAAGAGUUUCGAAGUAGUCCAAGUUAUAUAUGACAAAUUACUGGACAUUACAGGAAAGGUCCAUGUACCAUUAGUUUUAGUUGGAAAUAAAACAGAUUUGUAUGUAGAUCGAAUGAUCACUACAGAGCAAGGAAAGCGGUUAGCAGAUUCAUGGAAUGCAGCUUUCCUGGAAACAAGUGCAAAGCAGAAUGAAUCUGUUGCUGAUAUUUUUCACACAUUAUUAAUCGAGAUCGAGAAGGCUGAUGGAAAUGUACAGGAAAAAAACAGCUGCAUUAUAUCUUGAAUUUAAACGAAUUAGGUGUUUUGAUUUCUUCAAAUGGCAAUUUGUAUAAGGUACAGCAAAUGUAUAGAGGCAUACUACCAGUAAUUGAACAGUCUUCUAUCAGUUAACACUCAUCUGUCACAGUGAGUGUCUUUCCUCAGCUAUAGGCAUGAAUCACUUAACAAGUAUCCAAUAAAUGAGAGAUCCUAAGGACUUACACAUGUAGGAAAGUGCAUUUACUUCAUGAGUAGUGACUUGAUUAAUCUCCGUACAAAAACACAAUAUAAUCAUUUGGAUAUAAAAAUUAUAGAUUCAAAUUAGAUGUUUAAAAUUUUUAAAAAUCAAAAAAAUUGUACACUUAGAAAUACUUUCUAUAAACUAUAUUAAAUCGAUGUUUGUUUCAACUAGCUGGUUGCUAUGAAAAAUGAUUGCAAAGUUAGGUUUAACAAAAAGAACAAAUCAUGUUAGAAUGUUUAUGUUAUGCAACAGGUAUCUUUUACGAAAACAACUGAGUGAAUCUUUUAUAAAAUAAAAAAUUUAUUUUUAUAAACCAUUAUUAUAAUCCUGGUUCAAACUUUAUCUUUGUCGUAUCAAAAAAUAUAGAAUAGUGUAAUAUUUAAAACAUUUAUGCUUGAAAAUUUCUAUUUUUUGCAUACCUAUUAGAUCAAAUUCGACGUUACAAACUUAUAUGUAUAUAGAAGAUGUUCUCUGUACCACAGACUAGUCGUUUGUAAACUGUUAUUUAACUUUUUUGACAGCGUUAAUUUGAUAUAAAAGUAUUUAAGAACGAUGCACUUUUUAAUAAAAAUACAAAAAGAUUUCUUAAAUUACAAGAAAGUUUUAUCUGAAAUGUUCAUUUAAAAUAUAAUGUUAAUUAUAUAUUACUUCAGUUCAUUUUUUAACGGGAAUAUGUUCGUGUGUGGAGAUAAAUGUCAAAGUGCAACAGAUGUGCAACUUGUUCAAAAAGUAACAGAAUAAAAGAUAAUUGUAAAUACAGACAGUUUGACACAAAACAUAAUAAGUAAUCUGUAUAAAACUUGAAAUAAACAAAGAGAAAAUGUGACUUAAAAAA